GGGCCGGAUCCGCGAAUGCCCUGAUUUGCAAGCGAUACCAACCAAUUUUCAUCACUUUUGCUUUUCCCUUCUUAUGCUUCCGCCAAAGAUGUCCCAGCCCGCGCACCUCCGGUGCACAUAUGCCUACAAGUCGUGCACCAACAUGCGCACGUACCGCAACGACGGCGUCCUCCACACGCUCUGCGAAUUCCACCGCAACAAGGCCAACAUGAUCCAAAAGACGUAUGCGACCAAGCGCCGCCAGCGGCUACGCGCGAUGCGCGGUGCUGCCGGCCUGCCGCCGCGACCCAUCCGAUACAGCGGCCCCAUGGAGCCGAUCCCCCCAAUGGAUCUCCAAGCGCUCACGAUGUUUCUGCCCGAGAUGACAAGCGACAUGGUCAUGACCGACAACAUGGAGCCGACCAACGUGUGGUCGGAAGCGACGCCACUCUCGGACGAGGAGAAGGAAUUCCUCUCCGAACUCAUGCCGUCCGAGUGA